AUGAAGCUCUUCGGUCCAGAGUCCUUGCGAAUUCCUGCCCCGUGGCACUGCCCUGCCCAGAAGGAGCUGGUUGCCCCGAAAAGCCAGGAGCGGAGUCCUCUGCAGUUGUCCACUGCCCAGCCUCCCUCCCACUGUGACCUGUGUGUUCUCCUGAACAGCUCCAACAGCUUCCAGGCGGAGCCGGCGUCAUGCACGGAACAGCACAACUACGUCUGCCAGUCGGAUAUCAAAUCUUGUGAGCCGAACGUGUGUCAGAACGGCGGAAACUGCACCUCCUGUUUCGGCGGCUCCAGCACCUUCUGCGACUGUCCUGAUGGGUUCGAUGGAAAGUUUUGUGAAAUGAACAUUGACGAGUGUGCCUCCAAUCCGUGUCAAAACGGAGGAACCUGCCACGAUGACGUCAACUCUUACCGAUGCAGCUGCCUGCCUGGUUACACCGGUGACAACUGUGAAUCAGACAUAGACUUGUGCGCUCUUGUGACCUGCCCGUUUGACUGGACCUGCCAGGAUCUCGGCACUCACACCACUUGCGCAAUUAUGCAAACCACGUGGGCCGGGAGCACCAGGAUGAUGGAACCCUACCAGUGCAGCAGCGCCUCCUGUCCGGAAGGACUGUACUGCAAGGAGGAGGGUCCGGCAUCUUUCUCCUGCAGAGCCGGGUAA